UUUAUAGAGCCAUUACCGGUAUGUGUGCAAAACAGGGUUUAACUACAUGUGGAAAGCAGUUAAAUUAACUAUAAAAAAACAUACAGAAGUGGUCAAUUAUUAAAGCAUGCUUUUAACAGAUUAUUAUAUGAUUACUGUGUAUGGCUGCAUUUGCAAAUACGUGAGUGCUUCAAUAUCAUACUUCAAUUAAAGGAUUUUCUUUAUCUACUAACAAGAAAUAAAGGGCCUGGCCUUCCAUUUUGGGUUACAUGGAAACGCUAGCUGAAGACGUUUACUAAAGUCAGCAAACCAUCUACAUCACAGUGAUUCAAUGAUCAUCAUUAUCAUCAUCAAACACCAACAACAAGUAUUGCGAGAACAGGAAUAAAAACGAACCUAUAACAAUCAGGCGUGUUUAAAAGUGAGCUGAGAUACCGCUUCCACAUAACAGUUUAGCAAUACACCGAGACACUUGAUUGACUCUUUGAAAUGUAGCUUGCUUAGACAAUAACAAGAUAUUGUUUAGCUAUAAUCUACCAAUACAAUGUAUAUACCUCAUCAAAUAUAUUUAAAAGUAUCAAAAGAAAAGGAAUAACGUGGAAAACCAAAAUCAUGGCCAGUGAUAGCUUUACAAUCUACACUCCUUGGAGUUUCAUCCGCUCUGAGGAGUUUACCACAGACAUCUUGCUAGAGGAAGUACAGGAGAUAUAUUCAACCGGACCAGCUGUCGGUGACAAUCCAACCAGCGCAGACAACAACAACUCUGAGGAUUCAGCAGAAGGAUCCAUCAUAGACGUCCAAUGUUUCUCAUACACACGAGACAUCAAUGAAGAAGAUGAAGAUGACAUUCAGGAAGAGAAAUUCAUUCUCCGUUUCCUAGCAACCAAUACAAACGAGCAGGAUCGCUACCUCUGGGUAACAGAUGAUGGGGAAGUGAGGACAGAUGGUGGUCAUACCAAUAUUGCUACAUUCUUUGAGGUCAUCCACUGGUGCAGUCCACACCAGAACAACUACCAGCUGAUCUGUUGGGGCGGCCAGUGUAAGGGACACAUCCUCUAUAUGGACGGGACAUCGCUCAAAACCAGGAAAUACCACGAGUCAACAGAUGAUCACGACAUCACAACAAAGUUCCAGAUGUCACCACGGGGAAGUGAUGUCUCUGUCCGGGCUUUCAUUUCCAAGACCGGUGUACCAAUCUACUUCGAUUCAAACGGGAACUACCGACCUGAGGGGCCGACUCGAGCCUCAAACUCUAACACUGACUCAGACAGCGAGCUUCACCCGUUGUACUUUAUAAUGUCUAACGUGAAAUUAAUGAAAGUUACAUCCGUGUGAGCUUAAUGCAGUGUACUUUAUAAUGUAUGGAAGUACCAUCUGUGUAAGAUUUGUAGCAGCAAACAAAUCCCACAAAUGAGUAUUAUUAAAACUUAUUUCCACAAAUGUUGAUCAUUUUUUCACCAAUUUGCUUGUCUAUCCAAUAAUCAUCUAUAAUCAUUAAUUGUACUUUAUAAUGUAUAAGGUGAAAUUAAUGAAAGUAAUAUCUCUGUGAGCUUCAUCUAUUAUACUUUAUAAUCUUUAACGUGAAACAAAUGAAAGUUACAUC